UAUGUAUAAAAAGCAAGUGUUGAAAUACUUUCUUCCCAAACUGGGUCAAGUAUCUCAAUGUGAGAAUCUGUGAGGAGAUUAAUUCCAAGGCAAAGAUAAGCUUCGGAAUAUGAUGGCAUCACAUCUCGGAGCCAGUCCAGCCAGUUCCAGGAGAGUACACUGUGGACCUCUCUCGCUGCCCAGUGGUGGUGCUCCUGACUCUCCACAGCUGCCAUGCGCCAUCAUCAAUGGCAUGAAUGGGGUCGCUGGCACCAAACCAUACCAUCUCCCUGCAGUCGGGGGGGUCGCACACUCGGAUCAUGGAUACCUCUGCCCAGGCUCAACAGUCAACCUGGUGGAGAACAUGGAUAAGUUUGAGAUUGACACGCAUUCAGCUGUGGCCUGGGCUUUUGCCAGACUGGACAAUUCCAAUGUACCUCAAUGGAGAGAGCUGGGUGCAAAGGGGAAAGUGAAAUUCAUUCUGAGCUCCAUGACGAAGAUGCUGUUGCUAUUUAGCUUUCUCUACAUGUUUGUGUGCUCUCUCGACGUCCUCAGUGCAGCUUUCCAACUUGCUGGAGGCAAGGUGGCUGGCGACAUUUUUAAAGACAACGCAAUCUUGUCUAAUCCAGUCGCCGGGCUCGUGGUGGGCAUUUUGGUCACUGUCUUGGUGCAAAGCUCAAGUACAUCGACCUCCAUCAUUGUCAGCAUGGUGUCGUCUGGACUACUGGGAGUGCGUUCAGCAAUUCCUAUCAUCAUGGGAUCUAAUAUUGGAACCUCAGUAACCAACACUAUUGUAGCCCUAAUGCAAGCUGGAGACAGAAAUGAAUUCAAACGGGCAUUCGCAGGUGCCACUGUCCAUGAUUGCUUCAAUUGGCUUUCUGUGUUGGUGCUGCUGCCAAUUGAGGUAGCCAGUGGCUUCUUAUAUCGUCUCACUAAAGUUGUGGUGGGCAGCUUCAAAAUCCAGACAGGGAAGGACGCCCCAAACUUGCUUGGAAUCAUUACAGACCCAUUCACCGACCACAUUAUACAGCUUGAUAAAUCCGUCAUCACUGCAAUAGCGAUUGGGGAUGAAAGUUUUCGAAACAAGAGUCUCGUGAAGAUUUGGUGCAUCAAAAGGACUGUACAACUACAGGACAACAUCACCGUGGACAGUCUGGAGAAGUGUACUGCACUGGAAUCAUGCUGGCAAGACAAGAAUUCCACCUGGACUUUAGUCAACAGAACUUACGAAGAAAACUUUGAGAAAUGUAACCAUUUGUUUGUAAACUCUACUAUGUCUGAUCUAGUGGUGGGCCUGAUCCUAUUGGCUGGUUCACUAGUGGUUCUCUGCACAUGCCUGGUCCUAAUAGUCAAGCUGCUGAAUGCUAUGCUGAGGGGACAAGUUGCUAAAGCCAUUAAAAACGUCAUUAACACUGAUUUCCCAUAUCCAUUUGGUUGGUUGGCAGGCUAUCUUGCCAUGAUGGUGGGAGCUGGCAUUACGUUCGUGGUCCAAAGCAGCUCAGUAUUUACUUCAGCCAUUACUCCCCUCAUUGGUAUUGGAGUGAUCAGUAUUGAACGUGCCUACCCUUUGACCCUGGGAUCCAACAUUGGCACUACCACUACUGCAGUCUUGGCAGCUUUGGCCAGUCCAGGUGACAUGUUACCAAGUGCUUUCCAGAUCGCCCUUUCCCAUUUCUUUUUCAACAUCGCUGGGAUUAUACUGUGGUACCCACUCCCAAUCACCCGUUUCCCUAUCCGCAUGGCAAAGACCCUGGGUGAACAAACUGCCAAGUAUCGCUGGUUUGCUGUCUUAUAUCUGAUCAUCUGCUUCCUCCUGCUCCCUUCACUGAUCUUUGGCCUCUCCAUGGCUGGUUGGCAGGUCCUUAUAGGAGUGGGUGCCCCCUUUGUGGGCAUCCUCGUCUUCAUAGGCAUCGUCAACGUAUUGCAAACGCGCAGGCCCGGCUACCUGCCCAAGAAACUCCAGUCUUGGGACUUCCUCCCGAUCUGGAUGCACUCCCUGAAGCCAAUGGAUCGGGUCGUAACCAACGCUGCCCUCUGCUGUACAGACCACUGCGUUUGUGCCGACAAAACAGAGAGCCAGGAGGGCGUGAGCUGCAGCGAGAAGUCUCCACAGCUGAAGAUGAAGGCUGCCUGCGACAGCCCCCCCAUCACCUACUCAGAGGAACCUUCGGUCGACACCUCCUCUCCCAUUUUGAACAGGUUGCCCGUGCUGGACAUCACACAGCUGUAAGACCCUGGUUGAGGCUUCCUCUUGGAUCCUUGACAUCUCUUCCAAGAUUGCAGAGUUCUUCCUUCUUGCCGUCCCCCCCCCCCCCCCCCCCCCGCCCCCACUCCCCGGCUGACCUUUGCCCCUCCCACCACCUCGAAACCCUCCCGUUCAGUCCCCACGUUCCGUGACCUGGACAGUGCAAUUCUGCUCCUUGAGCGGAUUUGGGCACCAUUGUAUCUUCUGCAGUUGGAUGGAGUGAAGAGAUGUUUCUGAGGGAGACACCUGCUAUACUACUUAAAUGAUUCUUACUGGAAUAUAUCCUGACAGUCUCCCCCACCCUACAGCCAACUGAGCGGGUGUUAGAUCCUUUUGAAGUUGAAUGGGGUAAAAACGCUGGAUAAAGGAAUGUAGUGUGACACCACUGAUUAUCCAUCCACUUGUGUCUGUAACUCUGGUUGGUCACAAUUCUGAAGGUUUCAUUCGAUGAACUCCUGUCCCAACCAUUUCCACAUAUUCUCGCCCUGCCUUUUAUACUCGAUCACAUCUAAAAUCUUUUAGCCUGAUUUAAAAAAAAAAUAAGAGAAUUAAAGAAAAAGGGCAUGAUUCAGUUAGCCUUUCCAUCCUGGGUUGCUCCACGAAUUGUCCACUAGCUUAAUCUUUAAUUGCAGAACAAUCUUGGAAGUUGGUGCGUUUAAUAUUAGAAAGCAGCAAAGCAGUAAUAUUGAUUGCAGUAAGUAGGAAUUCUACAUCUUAAUGCCUUAAUAUUCGAUUUCAAAGCUGUGAAGAGACAAGGCUAUUGAAGAUCACGUGCCAAUAUCAGUUGCCAGAUGCACUCAGGUCACAUCACUCUGCUAGAAGAAGAUAACUAGGCUUUAUCUGCAAACCUAUCUCCACGACACAUUGUGGCCUUAUCAGUCACUCCCACGUUCUUCAAGUACAUUACGGGGUGGGGGGAAGUGGGUAGUGGUGGGCUGUGAAAACUCCCUCUUCCACAUUCAUGGUCCACAGUAUUUGCGAGCCGUGAUGAAUAACCAUUCUUAUCUUCCAUGGUUUGUCCCGACUUUAUUUGAUUAGCUCGAUACCCCAGAAACGUCCCAUAGAAAGACGUCUGGGGAAUCGUUCAGAUUUGAAGUUGGAACCGGCCUUCACCUGAACUCUUCAGUUCCCCUGUUGCAAUCUCAGCAAACGAAAGCCCAGUAAUGUCGCAGCACAGUACUUGAGUAUGACUGAAAGAAAAGACAGACUUUGUUGAAGCAUUCGUCUUUCACUCAUCAGGACAAUAAAUACCAGUGCAAAAUAAAAAUGAUAUUUUUGUAUUGUA